AUUUUUCAAUCAAAAAUUCACCAGAAAUUCUGCGUAAAAGUGUAAAGUGAAAAGAAAGUGCAAAAAUUCUUCAUAGCAGCAUUGCAAGCAGCAGGAGAAGCCACAAUAAUUUCAACGUGUAAUGAGCCACAGAAACUGGUUUCUAUAAGUGCAUAGACACACAUACUUACCUACCCAUAUAGGCUGUGUGUGCAAUCGGACAACAAGUGGCAAAGUGAUUACGUUGAAGUCAUAAAAAUUUACAACAACAACUACAAUAAUAAAAAAGUUGAAAAAUUACAAAGGAAGUCAAUUCAUGAAGUACAGUCUAAGAACUUGAUAAAAACAAAAACAAUAAAAAACACAUAAAAAUAAAACUACAACAAACAGCCAAACAGGAAGAAGAAGAAGUGCAACAAAUUAACAAGAAAAUUAUAAGCACACCGUGCAACACAGUUGUUAGUCGUCAGCCAGUACAGCUAAAGCAAGACCUGAGUGUGCACCAGCAUGGCUUCACUGCAACAGUAUCAACACCAGAAGCGGCCAAGCAUCACAAACUGGUUCUCCUCGCUACGCCGUCAGCCGAAGAAUAAGAAAGCCGCCGCCUUACAAACGGGCGACAAGCAUUUCCAACGCAGCUGCAUCGAUCUCAGCGCCAACAGCACCUUCUAUGUGCCGCAAGUGGAGCUGCCUGGCGGGCUGGGCAGCGGCGAUAAGAAGGGUCAAUGCUACUUGCCCAGCGCCGCCGCAUCUAUUGACAAUCUGCAGGAUGAUGAAGAUGCCACAAGUGACGAUAAGCGCGCGCUGGUGAGUGGCAAACGUGUGUCGCAGUUGUGCUCACGUUGUUGCUGCAGCAGCAAGUAUGCGACGUCAUCACGCCCGGAAACACCGCAAAUGCGAAAACGUGCCGACACAACGCCGGCGCACGUGAAAACGCAGCACACAACACCAACAACACCGACGCCCAAAACUAAAGCGAAGUCACCCUACACCACCAUGGCCAUCCACAACAUUCCCGCGCUCACCGACAACCCCAUCUACGAAGGGCUCACAACCGGCGCGGCGCCCAUCACGUUGAGCAGUCAGCGCACCGUGGAGAAGGAGGUGCGUCGCAAUGUCGAAGUGACGCAAGCGCCCAGCGAUGAACCGAAUACAUUGCUGCUGACGAAGCGCACGGAAUUCCAACGCUCGGUGACGACCACCACCCAACACACCAUGGUGAUAACGCGUCCCGUCGAGCUGGUGUUGAACGAGCGCGGCGAGGUGGUGGCGCGUCGGCCGCAACGUGCGCACACCAAACAACGCUCGAAUAGUUUGGACAACGUGCUGAAUGAGGAUGAGGAGUCGCUGCACGCGGACGGCGAUGCGGAUACGUUGAGCGCGAAUAGCAUGCCGUUGUGUAACGCGCGGCUCGAUGGUGGUGGCAGUCCACUUAAUGAUGGCGGCGGCGAUUUGCGUUUUAUCGACGACAGUUCGACGUCACAAAGUGAAACAGAGCGCAGCGCGCACAACAACAAGGAGAACAAUAAGCCCGCUUGCAAAGGCAGCAAAGCUUUUGUGCAACAGCUACAAUUGAAUUUGGGUGUGGGAGAAGGCGGCGGCGGCAGUGGCGGUGGCAUUGCUGACACUAACGGCUAUGACAACAACAAUUAUCUCUGUGAUGACUGCCGGAAUGUCUUGGUGCGGAACCGCAACAAUACGGCGCAAAAUGCUUUGAUACUACGCAACAACAACAAGCAAAUCAAAGAUGAACUCGGUGAGGUCGUAUCGGAAAUGGAGGCGCUGGACGUGCCCGAAGAUAAUAAACAUUCCAAUAAAGAGAAACAAAUGUCAAUUGGGCGGAAAAAAUUUAAUAUGGAUCCAAAGAAAGGUAUUGAAUACUUAGUGGAAAAUCGCCUGCUACGACACGACCCCCAAGAUGUUGCGCAUUUCCUGUACAAAGGUGAAGGACUCAAUAAAACAGCUAUCGGUGACUACUUGGGCGAGAAGAACGACUUCAAUGAGGACGUGCUGAAGGCAUUCGUAGCGCUACACGAUUUUACGAAUCUAAUAUUGGUGCAAGCUUUAAGACAAUUCCUGUGGUCAUUUCGGCUUCCGGGUGAGGCGCAGAAAAUCGACCGUAUGAUGGAAUGUUUCGCGCAACGCUAUUGCCAACUAAAUCCGGAUAUAUUCACAAACACCGAUACGUGUUAUGUGCUCAGUUUCGCCAUUAUUAUGCUCAAUACAUCGCUGCACAACCCAUCGGUUAAAGACAAGCCCACCGUUGAGCAUUUCAUUUCAAUGAAUCGCGGCAUUAACAACGGCGGUGAUCUACCCCGCGGCCUACUAGAAUCCCUUUACGAAUCAAUACGAACGGAACCAUUUAAAAUACCACAAGAUGAUGGUAAUGAUUUGAUGCAUACAUUCUUCAAUCCAGACAAGGAGGGUUGGCUAUGGAAGCAGGGUGGACGUUAUAAAUCGUGGAAGCGACGCUGGUUCAUAUUGAACGACAAUUGUCUGUACUACUUUGAGUACACAACGGAUAAAGAGCCCAGAGGCAUCAUACCGCUGGAAAACAUAUCGGUGCGCGAAAUACACGAUCGCAGUAAACCGCAUUGUUUUGAACUGUUCGCCACCGGUGGCGCUGAUAUAAUCAAAGCAUGUAAGACUGACUCCGAGGGAAAGGUUGUUGAGGGCAAACAUACGGUAUACCGCAUGUCGGCGGCUACAGAAGAGGAUCAACAAGAAUGGAUCAAACGUUUAACACAGUCGAUUAGUCAUAAUCCCUUCUACGAUAUAUUAGUACAAAGAAAAAAGAAGGCGCUCAGCAAAAGUUAGUAUUGUACGGCGGGCAAAGCAAUGUUGACAAUCCAAAUGAUGGAUCUCAGUGCGACUCGCCACCGCAAGAGCGAGGAAAAGCAAACGUGUCGAAACUGUCGUCGUCGUCGUCGUCGUCGACAACGUCACCAAUGUCGUGUGCGUAACAAACAGUUAGAGAGUUUGCGCGUAUGACACAUGCUGCAGCUGUGAGCAAUCAAGGAAUCUAAAGAAUAUUACAAAAAGACUGUGCUUAUGUUUAUGGCGUGAAGCCGCAUAUCAGCCACGUUUAGUAAGAGAGCGCAUAGAUUACGGUGAAACUUUUGUACGGUACAUGCGUUUGGCAAUGAACAGGCUGUAAAUAUUCGUGAAUAGACUGUUGUUGUGACGCGUUAUUUUCGGCUUUAUAACCUAAAAAUACUUACUAUACGUUAUACAAAUAUACACCUGUAUGUAUGUCUCACUUGAACCCAGCUGUAGUGUGUAAUAUUCGGCGAAAAAAAAAAAAACAAAAAAAAAAUAAGUGUAUAGUUGAAGAAAGUAAUUUUUAAUUGUUAGUUUAUUAUAAAUAGUUUAUUGAGCUUGUCGAUCAUUUGUACGGUUUCUUCUUUAAUGUCCUAUGAAUAUUAUUGUAACUACUUGAUCGCGCACAAAACGCAGUUGUCUUUAUUGUUGUGAUAUAAUUUAUAAUUUAUGCUUAAAAAUUUGUAUUGUAAAAUAUUGUAUUUUUUUGUUUGUUAAACUGUGUAAACAAAAAAAAAAACAAAAAAAAAAGCAAAAACAAUAACAAUAUAAAUUCGAAUUAGUAAACGUUUAAUAUUAAUGUAAAUCAAACUACUUAUGUAUGUAUGGGAAAAGAGUAUCGAAACACACUGCUUAUUAAUGCUUAAACAUACAAAGCAACAUAUCGUGCGAAAGCUGGUCUUCAACAGCUACCUUAUGCGUAAUUAAGUUAAAUGUAUGUAAAUCAAAGAAUUAUAAUUAAUUGUUUAGUAAAUAAGUUUUUUGUUUAACACACACACUCACACUCACACGCAUACAUGUAUGCAUGUUUUGUAAAAACAACAACAAACAACAAAAUAAAAGUAAUGCUCAGCAAUAAAUCUAGUUAGACAUACACACAUGCCACACACUAUACUUGUGUAGUGUAUGUGUUUGUAUAUACAAAUAUAUAUAUAUAUAUAUGAAGAAAAUUUCCUUAAAAGUGCUCGAAUAGUCUAUCCUGUAAUUAAACACAUACAUAUGUAUUUAAGUAAUAUGAAAAAGUAAAAAAAAAAACUAAAAAAAUAUAUAUAUAUAAGAAACACGUCAACCAGUCAAAGAAAGUUCUUCCAAACAUUGUUAUGCAGUGCAAGCUACAGCAGUAAGUGCGCAGUUAGUCAUAGUUGCAGCAAAGUUUGUAAAUAAACUGCUUUAUCACAUUACUUUGUAGCGGAUUAGCUACAGUUUUAACCAAUUUUUGGUGUUGCUCAGUGGGUUUAGCGUAAUUAUUUGCCACGAAAUGGAAAAUUAAAUAGCAAAAGUCACUUCAAGCUUGCAAAAAUCGAAAUUAUAUAUUAAAAGUCACUUGAAAGCUUGCAAAAUUUUCAAAAUAUAUAUAAAUAGUCACUUAAUUUCUGCAAAAAUCGAAAUUUUUAUAUAAAAGGUCACUAAAAUCUUGCUAUAUAUGCUUAUAAUUAGCGUUUGCUUUGAUUUUUGCGAAAUAUUUCAAUUGAAAAUGCAGUGAAAAUAGCAUUAUGAGCCGCUUUGUAUAGCUUUAGUAUGCGAGAAUUCAUGUAGGGUUGCCAUGAGAAUAUAUUUUUUAGUUGCAGUUAAAGCUAUGAAUUACUACAAAUCACCAAUUUUUAGUUUAAUGUUGCUUUUCUGGUAAAUUUUGCUGUUUUGAUAAGCUUUAGAGCAUGAUAUUCAAAAUUAAUAUUUUUUUUGUCGUUGUCAGGCAAGAAAUUUUUUUUAAGUUUAAAAGCUUUCAUUAUCAAACAAGUAAUUCUUUCAAAUAUUUUUUACCAACAUUUUUUCGUCUAAAGUUGAUUUUCGAGUAAAUUUUGCAGUUUUGAUAAGCUUGAAAAGCAAGUAAUUCUUUAAAAUAUUUUUCAUCCACAUAUUUGGGUCUAAAGUUGAUUUUCUGGUAAAUUUUGCAGUUUUGAUAAGCUUUAGAGCAUGAUGUUCAAAAAUAAUAUUUUUUUUUUUCGAUAUCAAGCAUGUAAAGCAAGUUUUGGUAAGCUUAAAAGCUUUCAUUAUCAAGCAAGUAAUUCUUUGAAAUAUUUUUUACCAACAUAUUUUCGUCUAAAGUUGAUUUUCGAGUAAAUUUUGCAGUUUUGAUAAGCUUUAGAGUAUGAUGUUCAAAAAUAAUAUUUUUUUAUCGAGUUUUGGUAAGCUUAAAAGCUUUCAAGCAAGUAAUUCUUUCAAAAAUUUUUUACCAACAUAUUUGGGUCUAAUGUUUCUUUUCUGGUAAAUUUUGUAGUUCUGAUAAGCUUUAGAGCAUGAUGUUAAAAAAUCAUAUUUUUUGUAUCAAUAUCAAGCUUGUAAAGCAAGUUUUGGUAAGCUUAAAAGCUUUCAUUAUCAAGCAAGUAAUUCUUUGAAAUAUUGUUUACCAACAUAUUUUCGUCUAAAGUUGAUUUUCGAGUAAAUUUUGCAGUUUUGAUAAGCUUUAGAGCAUGAUAUUCAAAAAUAAUAUUUUUUUUAUCGAGUUUUGGUAAGCUUAAAAGCUUUCAAGCAAGUAAUUCUUUCAAAAAUUUUUUACCAACAUAUUUGGGUCUAAUGUUUCUUUUCUGAUAAAUUUUGCAGUUUUGAUAAGCUUUAGAGUAUGAUAUUCAAAAAUAAUAUUUUUUUAUCGAUAUCAAGCAUGUAAAGCAAGUUUCGGUAAGCUUAAAAGCUUUCAUUAUCUAGCAAGUAAUUCUUUAAACUAUUUUUUUAACAACAUAUACUCGAAGGAUAAGAAUUUUUGAAAUGGCUAAUACUAAUAAAUAUAAUUAAAAUGAAGUAUUAAUAAUUUAGUUUUGUUUAUAUGAGUACCAAUACUAUUUUAAACACAUAACGGUAUCAGUUCUGAAAUUUUUUUGAAAAUUUUGUAUGAAAAAAAAGUAAGAAAGAAAACGAAAAUCCAAGUAUAUAUAUAUAUUUGGCGUAGGAACCGCUUUAAGCGAUUAUAGCCAAAUCCAAGUAACUUUACAUAAAUAUUCUUUAAAUUAUAAUUUUUUUUUUCAAAAAACGUUAAAAUUCCAGUAACUGAAUUUGAUUAAAAAAACAUGCAUAUAAACAACAAUAAAUUACUAGUACUUCGAAUGCCACUUCGACAAAAAAUAAAUAAAAUUUUAAAAUAAAUAUCGUCCAAAAGUCAUGUGAAAUAGUCUUAUAUAUGAGAAACCGCCCACAUAACAACAAAAAGAACAUCACAACGAAUGAAUAUACAACAAAAAAAUUUUCUAAUGCUAAUGUCUACAAAAACAAAAACAAUGAAUAACAAACUUGCAACAUUGUACUUUGGUUUAAGCUUGCUUUGUCUGUAUUGCGCGUGUAUCACACACACACACACCCACUCUAGUUGUAAUAAUUAAAUAUUUAUGUUUAGCGAAAAUUUUAGCGCUUUAUACACAUUUUCAACGAUUGCAAUAUUAUUUUAUAUGAAUUUAGUUUAGUUAACGUAUGCAUGUCAUUUUUUUUCUUCUAAUUUAUCCGCUUAAAAGCUUAAUGCUUUUUUGGGCGCGUAUUUUCAACUACUUAUUUUCGUUUUUCCUUAAUAAAAAAAAUGUGUGCGUUAUAUGUACAUAUAUGUACGUAACCCAUAUGCUUAUUGUAUUUGUCAAACAUGCAGCCACGCAUAUACAUAUACUUACACCGUUAUUAAGACAAAAAACGUGUUUGUAUCAUACACCGUAAUGAAUUGAAUUUUGUAUGUAGGUAUUACUAGUGUAGUUGAGAUAGUCUAGUAAGUAUUCGUUUUGUAUCAGCUUUUGUCGUGAAAUGUAUUAUAUACUAUAAUUAAAUAUAAAGAAAAUAUACAAAUUAAAUGUGUAAUAUAUAGAACAAAAACAAAAACAAAAAAAAAAUAAACAACAAAUAUGAUAAAUAUAUAAAGAAUAAUAAAAAAGUGCAUUUCAAAUGGAAAUUGUAAUUGAA